AUGCAUUCUAAUUACGAGAAUUCACGAAUAUUCUUGAACCGUGUUGACUCCUCUAUGAACUAUCUACCUCGAGAUGAUGAGCUUAUUGAAAUCUGCGGUAUAAUUGAUGCUAAUGAGAAUGAUAUUAAAAGUUUGAGAUACAACUUGAUAUUAAGGAUUUGUUACUAUACAAUGGACGACAGACUUUCUCCGUCAACAGCAAUCCGUUGCAGAGACACUAUUAAGAACUUGAUGUCGGAGGAACUUUUAGAAUUCCUCAUAAAAAGUCUGAAUCCAAUUCUAUUAAAACUAAAGAAUAAUAAGGCAUCCAAAUCUGGAAGAAAGAAGAUAGAAGAUAAUUCGUUUAUUUUGAGACCCCGACUAGGCUUUAGUGCUAAAGAGGAUGAUUUGAGAACAGCAUGGAAGAAUGAAGGGGGUCUGCGUAGCAUACCUCUAUUCCAUAUCGUUCUUACUUAUUUGAAGCACGAUCAGAUUUCAUCCAAUUUAUGGUGGAUCACACCUGGCAUUCUAAAUUUCCUGGAUGAUGAUCAGCAAGAGGUAAAACUUUCCGGUGUAAAGCUACUGCGACAAUUCUUGGAAGUUUCUAUUGACUAUUCCAAUACAUUGCAAUUCUCAUUUUCUGGUACCCGUCUUUUCGAUAUAUACCAUCCAAUCCUCUUAAAUCUCUGCUAUCAUAUGCCUCCUUUGACUGAUGUAAAAACUGUGACAAUAAUAUGGAGAGACGUUUUUCCAACAUUAAUAGCCCUGUAUAAGGUGGAAUAUAUCGAUGAUGUGCAGCAGCUCAAGGUUCAAAUCGGAAGUCUACUCUCAGAAGUUAUUGUUCAGCUUAUAAUUCCCAAAAUUGCAUCUGAAUAUCCAGAACUAACAAUUAUAGCCCUUGACUAUGCAACUCAACUCAUACACCUCUUGGAAACAUCCACUGUACGUUAUCUACAAAGGAUAAUAUACAUGUUAGGUGAGUAUAUUGUGAGGAAUCCUUUCAUAACAUUAUUCAUGCCAUUGGUAAUCAAAUCUGCAGUUCUUCUGCAAGAUUUAGUAUUGCUAUGCCCCACUGAAAGAGUAGUGGCUCAUAAAUACGAUUUUCUGGCAUGCGUAUUGAUAUUAUAUGAUAAAUGUGAGCGGGAAGGUACGUUGUCACCAGAGAUCUUGGAACCACUGUCUAAAUUAAUGAACAUGUUAAAAGAAAAAGGCUGUGACUACACAGAUGAUCGAGAGAAAAUACUUAAGAGAAAUCAAAAAUUCGACGUCAUUAUUCAACAAAUAUGA